UGAACAAAGGGACUGGGAGCGCUUUCAUACGGGAGGGCUGGAACCUCAUAGUUCGGGAGGGGAAAGCUGGGGCGGGGAGACCGAGCGCACAGGAAAGAGGGGAGAAGGUUGCAAACUGUGUCCGGGAGCCCGCGAUGGGCUAACUUGGGAGAAGGGGGCGUCGAUAAACCGGAUGGAAACUGGAUUAGCUCGGAAGCAGCGAGGCUCCCGGGACGGUUAGGGAACUUGUCAAGCGCUGCCUUACCCCCUCCGGGGACAAUGGCGACAGCGCAGGCCGAGGCUGCGGCCGGCAUCGAGGGGCUCCCCCCUCUGCCCAAGGGGCUGAGCGGGAUCCUGAACUCGGCCGGCGGCUCCUGGAGGGAAAUGGAGCGGCUCUACACCAAGAAGACCAUGAUCCAGGAGGAGCUGAGCCGUCCUCGGCCGGCCGCGGGCCACCUCCGCCGGAGCAGACCCGCCAACCUGGACGCCGCGCUCGCGUCCCUGCGCAAGGAGAUGGUGGGCCUCAGGCAGCUGGACAUGUCCCUCCUGUGCAAGCUCUGGUCGCUCUACGAGGCCAUCCAGGAAUACAAGGGCCUGUACCAGGACGCCAACGCCACCGCGGCCCCCGAGGGCCCCUUCUCCCCCGAGAACAGCUACUACGAGGAGGAGGAGGAGUACGAGGCUGAGCAGGCUGGGGACGAGCCGCUAUGCAACAGUCUGAAAGUCCCCCGCACCCAGAACUCCCGGGACAAGUGGCUGGAGGACUCCUUCCACAUCACGAUAUGAAGCAGAAGCCGUUGGGACUGGUAGUCUCCGAUCUGAAAACUGGUUUCGGUCGCCCUCUGUGUUCUGCUGUCUGACUUCACUGGGGAUCGUUGAGGGGGGCAGCAGGGUGGCGUGGCGGUUAGCGCGACACUUCGCCAUACCAGCGUCCCCGGGUUCGAUUCCCACCGCGGCCUGUGAGGAGUUUGUACGUUCUCCGCCAUGUCUGCCGGAGGCCCCCAUAGUCCCAAAACGUACCAGUUGGUAGGUUAAUUGGUCAUUGUAAAUUCUCCGGGGAUUAGGCCAGGAUUAAAUCAGGGGUUGAAGCGCCAAUAGGGACUGUUCCACAUUGUACUUCAAUACGUAAAUAAAACUUAUACCCUAUCGAA